AUGCCAAGAGCUGGUGGCAUAGCUACCAUGAUGAGGCUCCCUCAUCAGAAAUCAGCCGUCGGUCUGGAUGCUUGCUUUGUUGGUGUUCCGUUUGAUACUGGGACAUCUAAUAAAACUGGAACAAGGUAUGGGCCUAGACAAAUAAGGUGGGAGUCUAGUAUGCUGCGGCCAUAUAACCCAGCUACAGGCGCUGCACCCUUUGAAUCGCUCAUGGUUGCAGAUGUUGGAGACAUCCCUAUCAACAACUUCAACAUUAGCAAGACUGUAGACAUUAUACGCACAAAGAUUGAGGAAUUUAUUUGUGAUGGCUGCUUCCCCCUGACCAUGGGUGGAGAUCAUACCAUUACCUACCCUAUUUUGCAAGCGAUAAAGAAUAAACAUGGACCCGUAGGCCUGGUCCAUGUGGAUGCACACAUGGAUUUGCACAACAAGAUGUGUGAUGAGGCUGUGUAUCAUGGUAGUCCAUUUUUUAGAGCUUUUGAGGAGGGUUUGCUUGAUCCUAAGAGAGUUGUACAAAUUGGUCUCAGAGGAAGCUUAUAUGACAAUAAUGCCUAUAACAUACCAAAGGAUUUCGUAAGUAUUUUAAGCCAUAGAGAAAUUAAUGUUCUUUAA